UGCAGCACCGCGUGUUUAUUUAAAGCUACUUUAUUGUGCAGAUUUACACCAAUAUUUCAGACAGGUUGGUGUCGGUCGGCCUGCUGCGGCAGCUCCACGUCACGCACCCAGACCACUGUGUAAACACCAUCGCUCAAAUCGAAUUCCGUAGCGCGUGCGCGUGCGCGUGGAUUGGGAUUUCAAAGUGGGCGUCCGGGAGACCGAGAGCUGCGAUGGGAGCUGUGAUUGGGAACAUUAUUCUCAGUUUGCAUUCUUUGGUAACUGCUUCAAUCCCCCGAAAGGCUGUUUGCGCGCGGUAGCAGGUCGGUGCGUCCAGUCGCUGCGGAAAAAUGGCGAUGAUUUCGGCGCUCGUCUUUCUGUGCGUGCUCCGAGCUGCGGCUCCUCAAGGUUUGGUCCCUCGGGGUCCGAGGCCAGUACCUGGUCGAGGUGACAGCCCAGAUCCGACUCCGCCUCCACCACCGAUACCCCCAGGUUGUAUGACAGAUGGGAGAAUUGACUGUCCCAUCAAGGUGUUUUUCACCCUGGACACCUCAGAGACCAUCGCCCUACACGAGUCCCCGCCCGGCAGCCUGGUGAAAACCGUCAUGGAGUUCACCAAGGUUUUUGCCCAGAGGCUGUUCGACGAGGAGUACAGGAGCCGGGUCCACAUGUCCUGGUCCAUUGGAGGCCUGAACUACUCCGAGACGCAGCACGUCUUCAGUCCGUUCACAACCAAGGAGAACUUCAUCAGGAACGUCAACAGGAUCGUGUACGAAGGCAAAGGCACCCACACCGACUGCGCCCUCCAAAGAAUGACUCAACAACUAACCAGCCACUACCCAGGGGCCAAGCCCGUCCUCUUCUCUGUGGUCAUCACUGACGGCUAUGUGACGGCAGAACCGUGCGGAGGGAUGAGGGAAAUGGCGGAUAAGGCCCGGGAAAAGGGAAUCCAAAUUUUCUCGGUGGCCGCGUCGAGGAGCGUCGAUGAAUCUGGAAUGAAGGACAUAGCCGGCCCGCUCCAUGAAGUGUACCGGGAUGACUACAAGGUCGUGGACAUCGUCGGUGGGAGACUGGAAAUAAAUACCGAAUCCAUCGAUCGUAUCAUACAAAUUAUGAAACAUCAAGCCUAUGUACAGUGUUACCAGCCAAAAUGCUUGGCGACACCUGGGAUGCCUGGACGACCGGGGCCUGAAGGUCUCAAAGGCACAAAAGGAGAGAGGGGCUUUGCUGGGCGAAGAGGAGCAAAGGGUAAACAGGGUGAUCCCGGCAUUGAAGGUCCAAUCGGACAACCCGGUCCAAAGGGAGCGACCGGUCUGAAAGGUGACAAGGGUGAAAUCGGAACAGUCGGAGCAAAGGGUGUGGCGGGAGUAGCUGGCGGGAAUGGAACUGACGGUCAGAAGGGUAAAAUGGGCCAUAUUGGAGCUCCCGGUUGCAAAGGUGAUCCGGGUGACCAGGGACCAGAAGGUUACCAUGGAGACUUUGGAGCCCCUGGGCCACCCGGUGAAAACGGAGUAAAGGGAAAUCCAGGCCUCUCUGGAAAGUCGGGUCGUCCUGGCCUUCAGGGAAACCCAGGAGCAAAGGGGGAAGACGGACAUCCUGGAAAUCCAGGGCCACCAGGAGAAAAGGGUUUUGUUGGAGUUGCUGGCACACCUGGAGAAAGCGGCCCGCACGGAAGGAGAGGAGACCCAGGGACCAGGGGAAAACCAGGUCCUGAUGGGCUGAAAGGAGAACGGGGAGAACUGGGGCCGCUGGGAGCCAGAGGACGGCCCGGGGAAGACGGAUUCAAGGGCGCAAAGGGAGACCAAGGACUGCCAGGACCGAGGGGUCAGCCGGGAGAACUGGGUGGUCCCGGAGAAAUUGGCUCAAAAGGAAAUCCCGGAGAUCCUGGAACAAGGGGAGACUCUGGGCCACCAGGGCCAAAAGGUGACAACGGAAGACAGGGAUUCAGCUAUUCUGGACCGAGAGGAGCCACUGGAGACAAAGGCGAUCCAGGUUUAAAAGGGCCCCGGGGGGGCAGAGGGGAUUGUGGUGCCAAAGGGGAAGCUGGAAAUAACGGACCACCAGGAGAUUAUGGGGAGCCGGGUCAGCCGGGUGAGCCCGGGGCGAGAGGACCCCGAGGAGAUCGUGGAUCCGAUGGGGAGCCAGGACCAGUAGGGGAUCCGGGGCUUAACGACUGUGAUGUCAUGACUUACAUCAGGGAGACGUGCGGUUGCUGUGACUGUGAGAAGCACUGUGGAGCUCUGGACAUCGUAUUUGUAAUUGAUAGCUCCGAGAGUGUCGGGCUGACAAACUUCACCCUGGAAAAGAACUUUGUUAUCAACACCAUCAACCGGUUGGGAUCGAUGGCCAGCGACCCCACGUCGCCAAGCGGCACACGAGUCGGAGUCGUUCAAUUCAGUCACAACGGGACCUUCGAGGCCAUCCGUCUCGACGAUCCCAACAUCAACUCCAUGUCGGCCUUCAAAGCGGCGGUGAAGCAGCUGCAGUGGAUAGCCGGCGGCACCUUCACGCCCUCGGCCCUAAAGUUUGCCUACGACAACCUCAUCAGGGACGGCAAGAGAGCCGAAGCCAAAGUGUCUGUGGUGGUGAUCACAGACGGCCGCUUCGACCCGCGCGACGACGACAACUUGCUCCAGUACCUCUGCGACAACGACGUGGUGGUCAAUGCCAUCGGGGUCGGCGACAUGUUCGACAAGACCCAGGAUAACGAGAUCCUGGACUCCAUCGCGUGCAACAAGAAGGAGCGCGUCAUCGAGAUGAGUCGCUACGUCGACCUGGUGUCCGAGGUCUUCACCAACACGAUGGAGAAUGUCCUCUGUCCCGAACCUGUGAUGGUGUGCCCCGAUCUCCCCUGCAAAAGCCAGCCCGAUAUAUCUGCGUGCGUCCAGCGGCCGGUGGAUUUGGUGUUUCUGCUGGACGGCUCGGAGCGCCUCGGCCUGGAGAAUUUCCGGCUGGUCCGUGAAUUUGUGCAGAAGGUGGCGGAUAAAUUGGCCCUGGCCGGCAGCGGCACCGACCCCAUGAGAGCCCGCUUGGCGUUGGUAGCGUUUGGCAGGGAGGUCGAGAACAAAGUGGCCUUUCCUCUCACACACGACCGCGCCGUCAUCGCCGACGGCAUCUCGCGCUUGCCUUAUUUCGAUUCGUCUUCGAGCGUCGGGCCCGCCAUCACCUACGCCAUCGACAACAUCCUUAGUAGAGGGCGAGGUCGCAAGACGAGGCCCAACGCCGAGGUUUCGUUUGUUUUCAUCACAGACGGCGUCACCGACAGCGAGAACCUGGACGAGGCCGUGAGCGCCAUGCGCAGGGAACAGGUGGUUUCCACGGUGAUAGCCACGAGAAGUGACGUUAACCAAGAAGUCCUGUUGAAGCUGGCCAUGGAUGACAAGGACGCCAUCUUUAGAGGAAAAGACUUGUCUGAUCUGGCCCGGUCCAGUUUGUUCGACCGUUUCAUCCAGUGGGUGUGUUGAAGACAGACCACGUGGACGCCGACAUCAUACCGGUCGCACUGCUGUUAAUCCUGCAUUUUCACACUGGUUUACCAAGAUUCUUUUGUGCACUGUGCAAUUUGCAAAUGACCCAAUGGCAUUGUGCUUUGUCACAUUUGUAAGGAAAACUUUAUUCGGCAUGUUUUGUUAUACAUAAAUCAAAAGUACAAGUUAAGCAUUAAGACGUUCUCUAGAUUUAAAGCACCCAAUUGUCCAAUACUGAAAUUUUCAUGGAAUUGGAACAGGAGAUUAUUUCAAAUAAAAAAAAUACAUUUAAAGCCCUCAACAUACAAUAUGAAAGUA